GCCGCAGAAAUGGAGUUUAUGGUGGUGGAACCUACUGAUAACCAUAGAUUCAUUCCAUAGUUUGGGGAGGGAAACCAUGGGUACAUUUUUUGUCAUAUGUUUUUUGGUUCUAAGUAAAGUAGUUUAUUUAGAAAAUACACCAGGAAAGGCUUACAUGCCUAUCUGGUCACCACCUCAAGAAGGGAAGGAGGAAGAAGAAGUCUGACUCUCAGAUGAGAGAAUGAAACCUGAGACCAUCAGUCUAACAAAGGGGGACUAGAGAAAGCACAAUCAGAGAGGGAAUAGAUAACAGAGUUACUAAUGAUAAUAUCUACAAAGAUUAGAAUAGUUCGGAAGUGGUUUUCCCCGUGACACUCUAUGAAUGCGAAAGCUGAACUUUGAAGCAGCAAGACAGAGAAAGUAUUGGCACUUUUGAACUUUGGUGCUGGAGAAGACUUUUGAGGAUACCAUGGACAGCCAGGAAAACAAAAAAAUCGAUCACAGAACAAAUCAAUCCAGAAUUUUCACUUGAGGCACAAAUGACCAGGCUCAAACUAUGAUACUUUGGACAUAUUAUGCGAAGACCCAGCUCCCUUGAGAAGUCCAUAAUGCUGGGGAAAGUUGAAGGAAGGAGAAGAAGACAGCAAUCAGCAGCAAGGUGGAUGGACUCAAUUACGACAGCAAUGAAUGCACCACUGAGAGACCUUAAAGGCCAAGUUGAAGACAGAACAUCCUGGAAAAAGAAGAAGAAGAAGAAGAAGAAGAAGAAGAAGAAGAAGAAGAAGAAGAAGAAGAAGAAGGAGAAGAAGAAGAAGAAGAAGAAGAAGAAGAAGAAGAAGGAGAAGAAGAAGAAGAAGAAAAAUAAAACACAGUAUCUUUUUGACCUGAAAAUCCACAUUGUUCCUGUGUGGAUGAGAUGAAUGGCAGAUUUAAAAGCAAUAAUUUCCUUGGAGAAAAACAUAUGGUGAUGUAGAACUUCUAGCAGAUUUGGAAGCCUUUAUUUAACUUCCUUAGCAAAAGUGCUUGCAAGACAAUCAAAAGAACACAACAUAAAGGAGCAAUAAGUUGGUCUUGAAAUCUUUUUCAGACACAGCCUGCAUUUGAAGUAGCUGCAUUGAGUGUUAAUUCUUUUCAACAAACUUGUGAGUAACUGUGAUCUGAACUGCUUUUGUUGUGCUGCAUUGUUAAUGGGGCUCUAAGCUAUUUAACUUGCUUAUAUGGAGAGAUUUCUAGAUGUUUUAUGUAUCUGAGAGAGGUACCCCCACUUCCCAUACUUUCACUCUUGCAAAUGGAAACCUCCCAAAGGGCUGUGCUUUCUUUGGCUGAGCCAGACAGCUGUGGGAGGGAUGUUACACUGAGAGGGUUCUGAGUCAUAUCUCCCUAUUGGUGAAGGCCAAAAGAGACAUGACAGUGGCAGAUGUGUUUAUUAUCAUAUUUAUUUAUUUAUUUUUAUUUUUACAUUUUAUAUCCCGCUCUUCCUCCAAAGAGCCCAGAGCGGUGUACUACAUACUUAGGUUUCCUACCUGUGAAGUAGGUUAGGCUGAGAGAGAGUGACUGCAGAGUCACCCAUCUAGUUUCAUGGCUGAAUGGGGAUUUGAACUCGGGUCUCCCCAGUCCUAGUCUGGCACUCUAGCCACAACACCACGCUGGCUCCCACCAGCUCCCACCAGCAAGGAACACCCAUAUGUGUUCCUAAUUCAAUAAGAAGCAGAGGAUGAGGGGUCAUAUAAGCAAAGACCAUCAAACCCGCUUCCUUCCCAUGUCUUACCUUCCCUCAGUCCAUUGCUCCCAGCACUUUUCAUCACUUCUUAUCUGUCUCCUUCUGGUGCCAGAAAGUGGGGAAAGUGCCUCAAGCAACUGACUGCAGGCAUGAAUAAGAAAUCGUCAGUGCCUGUCUCCUAUGUUUUCUCUUUACUGUUAAAGAAAAUACACCUACCCCAUUUUGUAUGCCGAUGGGGCCCCAUUAUACCUAAAUGGCCCUGUGUUUGAAUCACACUCAGGUACUUGAAGGGGUCCCAUGGGGUACUCAGAGCUCUCCUGCCUUCCAGCACUGCAGCUGCACUAUUUGUUCCCCAUCUGAGGAUUGCCAGCUUGAAGCCAGUGUGUCCUCAGCAAUGCAGCUGCUGCAGAAGGGGAAGGUAGAGGGUGACCUCUUCCUUUCCUGAUUGGUUGGUUAUGUGCUGAAGUUCAGCAUACCCCCCCCCCGCCCCUCAGCCUGACUGACAGGCUUCAGAAAAUUAGCACCAAGUACUCCCAUUGAAAUUAAGAAGCCAAGUAAACUUGUCCCUUUAAUUUCUGUGGGAAUACUCAUGAGUAACUUAGUCUAGAUGCAAACCAGUAAGCAGAGUAGCCUGUCCACGCCAAUCCACUCCAAUUUGUGCACACACAUGCGUGUGCUCUGUGUGUGUGUGUACCUGAGCUGAAGAUUGCAACUUGUUAUAAAAGGUUCAGAACCCUUGCCCUAGAGUGCGGUUUUAAAGCAAAAAUAGUAUCACUACCCAGCUCAGGCUAGGGCUGCAGUACAGAAGUAGGAAAUGUUUAAUCCUACAUUUUGAUGCCAUUUUCAUGCUGCGAAUCUUUCAGAACAUCCCUCCCUCCCAGAUAUGUCACAUGAUUGUUUUCGUGGGGAAAUUUGAGCACCCUGUACCUCUGUACUAUGGUUCCAAUACAGAUCUGCCCCUACACAACCUCCAUAUUUACUUUUAAACUAAUUCCAAAACUAGAAGUUGCUACAUGUAAUAUCUUGCCUAGUUUGGUUCUCAGGCUUACCAUGGGGGACCCAGACAGCUGGACAUAGACAAUACUUUUACAUUUCAUUUCUUUGUCUAUGUAAACCGCUUUGAGAACUUUUUGCUGAACAGUGGUAUAUAAAUAAUAAUAAUACAUAGCACCCUUUUCGAAGUGUUUUAUAAACAUUGGCUUACAUGCUAUGUGGUGUGACAUUGCCUUCUCAGUUAUUGCCCCAGCAGGCAUCCACUUCUAAGUCUCCUUUACAGUUUUUAGAAAGCAAGUAAAAGCUUGGCUUUUUACCCAGGCUGUUAUAUGAAUGUUGUUUUGUUGCUGCUGCUCUGUAUUUUAUUGUCAUAUUGUGUAUGUUUUUAAAACUUUUAAUUAGAUUUGUAUUUUUAUAUUCCAUUUUAAUAUUUUUAUUGUGUAACUUUUACAGUCAUAUAUUGCUUUAAGGGUUUUGUGAACCGCCUUUGGAUUGUUUUAAUGAAGGGCUGUAUAAACAUUUAAUGAUAAAUGAAAUGAAAUGAAAUGAAAUGAAAUAAAUUGCUGUAAUGCUGUGCUACAGGUGAGUGGAAGUGCCGGGGUGGGUCUUGCUACCUGCUUUUGGCGCUGUAACCAUUAUGUAAGCAUCUGAAAGAGGCUUCUGUGCACAGGUACAUAAGAACAUUGUGGUUAUCUUUUUAACGAAAGGCGGUAUAUAAAUGCAAAAAUAAAUAAAUAAAAAAAUAAAUAAAUGGUA